CAAGAAUAAGCAAACCCUACGCUCCAUCUUUGCUUCCCAACUUGUGCUUACUCCCUCGACCAGCGGCCGCACGUCCGAUCAGCUGCUCUGUUUUUAGUUUUCUUCUAUCUUAUCUUCCUCCGUAUUGCCGUCGCCUAUCACCGUCACGCCCUCACCGACUUUCCUUUCUCCUCUUCUUAUCUCACUCUCUGCUGCAACCUCCGGCUGCCACGCCUACUCCUUCUUCCGCUGCAAUCCUCUGUCAAUCGGUAGGUUGCUUUCCGCAUCUGCCUGGUUCAUUGGAAUAAUUCUUUGAUUCAACUUACUUUGAUUUUAAGUAGGUUACAUUGUUAUCAGUAACAAGAUGCAUUCCAGGGAUAAAAGGGCAAAAGCAGGAUCAUCUAGGGACUCGACAGAUAUGGAAACUCAAAUGAAAAUGAGAAAUAUCAAGAAAGAAAUUGAAUUCCUCACCUCCUCUCAUAUGUCAUGGAAAGACAAAAAGGAGAUUGAGAGUAGAAAAAUUGUUUCUCUGGGUGGAAAGCCUCAAAAGAAGCAAAGACUGCCUUUAAGUGUAGCACGACCAAUCAUGAAGAAGCAGAAGGAAAGAGAACAAAAGAUGGUACAAGAGCACUCUAGUGUUAGACAAUUUGGUGGGAUGGCUAGUAGUAGCAAUUCGAGAAAAUCUUCGGGGAAGCGUAGGCCGGAGGAGCAGGUUCUAAAGUCGAGUGAAGGCUUUUUUAAACAUGGUGUGCUUGAUGUGAAGCAUUUACUACGCCCAUCUUCUUCUAGAAAUAAUGGCCAUUCCAGGAAUAGUGAUCCUUUUAGGAACACUGACUUUGGAAAUGAAAUGGGCGGUUUAGGUAGAAGAAAAGGAGGAAAAAAGAAGAAUAACAAAAGUAAGAAAAAGGGUGGCGGUAAGAAACGCCAUUGAAAUUGAACAUUAUAGUUUUACAAUGAGAAUAUGGAUAUCUUUUUUUGUCACAUUUGUUGUAAUUCAAUGAAAUUUUGCAUUUUCAUGUUUCUCA